UUCAUAGGCUGCGAAGGCUGGGCACUGGAGAGUCCGGCACACCCUGCAAGGAGUUGUGUGCUGUCUGCCUAAGAAGUUUUUCAGUUUAGUCUGCUAGUCUGCCGCCGGAGCUCCAGCACCAUGCCUGUCAAAGGAGGAACCAAGUGCAUCAAAUAUCUGUUGUUCGCCUUCAACUUCAUCUUCUGGUUGGCGGGCACAGCGGUCUUGGCAAUAGGACUAUGGCUCCGAUUCGAUAGCCAGACAAAGACCAUGUUUGAGGCAGAUUCCAGUGCUAGUUCAUUUUAUACUGGGGUCUAUAUCCUGAUUGGUGCAGGGGCUCUCAUGAUGUUGGUUGGUUUCCUUGGUUGCUGUGGCGCAAUUCAGGAGUCGGAGUGCAUGCUGGGAUUGUUCUUUGCUUUCUUGUUGAUUAUUUUUGCCAUCGAGAUUGCUGCUGGAAUUUGGGGUUUCGCCAAUAAGGACAAGAUUGUACAAGAAUUGCAGAAAAUCUAUACGGACACAUAUGAGAAGUACACUUCAACUAAGGAGACAUCUUUAAAGGAGACCCUGAAGACCAUCCAUUUAGCUCUGGACUGUUGUGGUAUAGUAGGAGGUAUUAGUCCUCUGCUUACCGAUACUUGCCCUCCCAAGGAUGUAGUGGACACCUUAACUACGCCGGCCUGUCCAAAAGCAAUCGAAACUGUCUUCAGCACCAAAUUCCACAUCAUUGGGGCAGUUGGAAUUGGAAUUGCUGCCAUCAUGAUUUUUGGAAUGGUCUUUAGCAUGGUCCUUUGUUGCUCAAUCCGAAACAACAGGGAGAUGGUAUAAUAUUGGACUCAAUCGGUCCAUGAAGGGUGGGGCACGGAAUCGAUGUCAAAAAAAA